UGACCGCCUUUGGGAUUCUCCCCCAGGCGAUGUUUGAGCUGGUUACUUCCGAAGCCUCGUAUUACAAGAGUCUGAAUCUGCUGGUGUCUCACUUCAUGGAGAACGAACGCCUGAAAAAGAUCUUACACCAGUCUGAGGCACACAUCCUCUUCUCCAAUGUCCUGGACGUCAUGGCUGUCAGUGAGCGCUUCCUGUUGGACCUUGAGCAACGCGUGGAGGAGAAUAUUGUGAUCUCGGAUGUGUGCGAUAUCGUCUACCAGCACACCGUUAAUCACUUCUCUGUGUACAUCACCUACGUCUCCAACCAGACCUACCAGGAGAGAGCUUACAAGCAGCUUCUCCAGGACAAGCCAGCUUUCCGGGAAGUGAUCUCACAGCUGGAGCUGGAUCCCAAGUGCAAAGGCCUGUCCUUUUCUUCCUUCCUGAUUUUGCCAUUUCAAAGGAUCACGCGGCUCAAGCUACUCGUGCAGAAUAUUUUGAAGAAAGUAGAAGAGAAGUCUGAGAGGGAAACCACUGCGCUGGAUGCACAUAAGGAGCUAGAAACAGUGGUGAAAGCGUGUAAUGAAGGUGUCAGGAAGAUGAGCCGAACAGAGCAGAUGAUCAGCAUCCAGAAGAAACUGGAAUUUAAGAUCAAGUCUGUGCCCAUCAUCUCUCACUCCCGCUGGCUGCUGAAACAGGGGGAACUGCAGCAAAUGAAUGGUCCGAAGACAUCGCGAACGCUUCGUACCAAGAAGCUCUUCAGAGAAAUCUACUUGUUCCUUUUCAAUGAUCUGCUGGUAAUUUGCCGGCAAAUUCCUGGGGACAAGUACCAAGUGUUUGACUCGGCGCCACGGGGGCUUCUUCGGGUGGAGGAAUUAGAAGACCAGGGGCAGAGUUUGGCCAACGUCUUCAUCCUGAGGCUGCUCGAGAAUGCAGACGACCGGGAGGCCAGCUACAUGCUGAAGGCAUCAUCCCAGAGCGAGAUGAAGCGCUGGAUGAUUUCGCUGGCCCCAAACCGAAGAACCAAGUUUGUUUCCUUUACAUCCAGGCUUGUUGACUGCCCGCAGAUCCAGUGCGUGCACCCCUACGUGGCCCAGCAGCCGGAUGAGCUGUCCUUAGAGUUGGCCGACGUCCUCAACAUCCUGGACAAGACGGACGAUGGCUGGAUCUUUGGGGAGCGUCUUCACGAUCAGGAGAGGGGCUGGUUCCCCAGUUCUAUGGGGGAGGAGAUCCUGAACCCCAAAAUCCGAGCCCAGAACUUGAAGGAGUGUUUCCGGGUGCACAAGUCGGACGACAGUCAGCGGAGGAAACUGGGCAGCAGGAACCGCCAAUGACCGCUGGCAGACCCGAGCGGCUGGAGCGCAGCUGGGAGGGGGCAAAGGACAGAGGCUGCCGUCUGGGAGGGGACAGUGGUGCAGGACCUGGCGCGCCAGACCAAGCACACACACCCCUGGAUAAAUGGGCCACAGUCGCUGGGCUGCCCGCCACGCUUUCUGCAGCGCUGAUCCUUCCCUGGAGCCCAGUGCUUCCAACUGGCUGACAGAACACCUUUCCAAAGAGCAUGAGCCCAAACUGACGCAACACGAGGUGCCAGCCAGCUGAGCAGCGAGGGAACCAGGGGCUGAGGGGGGUUCCGCCUUGACCCCCCAAUUCCCUGCACAUGUUCCAGCUGGAGCUGGCUCAGGCUGCCUGGGAAGGGCACAUAGAGCAGACAGAACGCAGCAAUUAGCACCACCCAUUUGAGCACUUCCAGCUCAUCACUACCUUCUGAGUUAGAGGCUUUCCUAAAGCUGCCUCUUACAGGCAUGGAAGCUGAAGCAGAGGAGCUGUCUCUCAUCCUCUCACACAGCCCGUUAGCACC